CGGGCCGCUCAGGCAGGGACAGGAGCCACCCAGAGCUGCCGCCGCUGCAUCCAUCUGCCACCCGGGCAGCUCACUCCGCGCGAGAGGCGUCUGCUGCAAGCCAGCCGAGCCGGGGUGGAAGGCAGAGCUAGCUAGCUAGCAGCUGCAGAGAGAACUGCGAGGGAGGGACGGAGGGCGGCGGCAGCCCCAAGCCUCGCCAUCCGCAGGCUCCGGCGAGGGGACUAGCUUAGUGAGCAGCUGAAGGCAAACCGGUGCAGCAAGCAGCGAAGAGGAAGCCGAACAAAGGAGAGCGACGCCGCCGCGGGGGGAGGUUACAGCGUGGAAUCCAAAAACUGAAGGAAAACUUCUCAUUUUUAUGACGCUAUGGACAAUACCUUGAGUCAAAUUUGUGCCAACUCACAUUGUGUCGUGGAAGGGAAAGCAUAACAGAAGAAACUUUUAUUUAUCCUCUGUGGGAUCCUCCUGACACAUCAAUUUAAACCUACUGCCACAGAUUUGGAGCGUUGUCUCUUGCUCCUUACAUUGGGGUUUGCACUUUGAACUUUAACAAUGAGUGAGUUCUGGUUGUGUUUCAACUGCUGUAUUGCAGAACAGCCUCAACCUAAAAGACGGCGGCGAAUCGAUCGAAGUAUGAUUGGUGAACCAACAAACUUUGUUCACACGGCUCAUGUAGGUUCAGGAGACCUCUUUAGUGGAAUGAAUUCGGUGAGUUCAAUUCAGAACCAAAUGCAGUCCAAAGGAGGCUAUGGUGGAGGCAUGUCUGCAAAUGUUCAAAUGCAGCUUGUAGAUACAAAAGCGGGAUAACUUUAGGACACUUUUCCAGUCCUUGUGAAUUUCUGUACCUUGUUUCCUGUGUCCCUCUCUUUUUGCCUUGGUGACUGCUUUCUGUGCUCAUGACGAGAGAAGUGAUGGCCCAUCAUCUGCCCCUUGUGAUUAUGCCAGUGAAACAUUCCCGUUCUGCCAUGAGGAUGACAUUCAUCAGACUGGUCUCGUCGUCGUGCCUUUCCAGUGGCAUGCAUACAUCUCACUGCUACCAAAAUGUCUGUGGACAUAUUAUUGGUUGAAUUUUUUCCCUUUUUUUUCUCUUGGCAUUUUAAAACAGUAUUUCAAGCAAUCUAAACAUAGUUUGGUGUUGGGUUGGAUUUAUUUUUUACUUCCUCUGCAAGUCUUAGGUUAUGGUAUUUUCAUCUGUGAGUUUUUCCUUUUUUUUUUCCUUCUCUGUAAAUUAGAAGCAAGCAAGUUCCAAUUAAUUCAUUAAAUAUGACAUUUUUGGUACAGGUCUUUUUGUUUUAAAGGUCUGGGACCUGCAAGCACAAUGCUCAUUUCAUGCAUCUAUGACCGCAUGCUUUGUGAAUCUGCUUGGUAUGGUGGCCUAUAUGGUGCCAAAUCUUUUUUUUUUAAAGAAAUGCUUGAUCCUGCAGAUGGAUGAUACUAUUGCUGAUUAAAAAGUUUUGCAGUGGCACCAGAUCAUGCCAAUCUGUCUGGGGAAAGGACUUGUAUCUUUUAGCUGCUUUGGAAAUACAUUGUCUUAGAUUUUGAUCCAACUGGUCUUGAAAUAAUAAAGAAAAGAGCUUGCGUUCAUAAGGCCAUUUUGUUGUAAAUGUUCAGUAUAUUUAUUUUGAAAGAGCUGACCUCAAGAUUGUAAGCCAGUGUAGUAACGUACAUACUAAAUGUUGUGGUGGCGCUUUUGUCUGGUUAAAGAGGCAUUAUGUUGGCUGCUUUUUUUUCCUUUUUUUUUUUUUUAAAGAAAAUGCUUACUUUUAGGCCGUACUGGCAUUUCCAGUAACAGCAUGUUGAACUGCCUGCAAUAUUAUAGCUGGAAUUUAGUUGACCUCUCCAAGUAGUUGGCAGUUACUGCUACUAAAUAUUUCGGGGCCAUGUUAAGUUGCUAAGAGCAACAUAGUAACCUGGCAGAAACCGAUGCCAGUGAAAACAACAUACAGGGUGGCUUUUUGCUAUAUUGGUAAAGAAGCCUUUUGCUCAGGUUCCAAAGCAUGUUCCUCUUUCACAAGGUGUGAAAAUUGUGUUUUAAUAUUGCACUGUUUUUGAAAUAUUUCUGUAAGUGGUCCUUUUCCCCUUCCUUUCCCACCUCAUGCCCCUUUGGUGACAAGAAACAAAAGGCAUUUGAUUGAACACUAUCUAAUUUUUUUAAUCACACUUAGAAUCCUCCUCAUACAACAUUUUCAGUAUCUUAACUGGCAAAUGACAUAGCUGAGCCUAACUAGAAAAGUUCUUAGAGUAACAAGCACACACAUACACAACUCCCUGCAUAAGCCCCAUUGGUUUCAACAGAAGCCGCACGCAGGUCUCAUUGAAAUCAAUGGGGAUUGCUCAGUAGCAUUGCUUUUUAGGUAAUGUCUAUUGGCAUUUCCUGUACUCCCAUUCAUUAUUCCUAAGAGGAAAAGACCACAGUGAGGGAUAAUCAUAUAUAUACCUUUUUAAAUUUUCUGAAACAUUACUUUUCUUCUCAAAAAGCUAAUAGGAAGACAUCCUUCAAAACAUUUUUGUUUUCUAGGGGCAAUAGGAAGACAUCCUUAUUCAAUAUGAAUACUGGGUAAAAAUUCAUCAAGGAUACCAUCCAUGUACAGGUAACUGAAAUGAGCUGAAGUCAUGGCUGAGUGUGUCUGGGCAAGCUAUAAUUCCACUCUUAUCCAUUUCUAUGAGCUGAGUUCAGGAUAAAUCUUUGGUUCAUUGUCCUCAAUGAUUUUCUAGAGGCAGCAAUGUGACCAUUAUUGGAAAGUAUCAGGGUAGGAUAUUUAUUUCAGGUACCUUCUCUUACUGCACAUGGUGAUUCAUGAGGCUCAGGCUACCCUGACUAAUAUGGUGAUCUUUAUGAUCAGGAUUUUAAAUGUGUACAUUCCCAAACCACUUCUCAAAAUCUUCUAGGGAUUUAGAAUAUUUUUCACUUUUGUCCUCACUGAGUGAAAAUAAAUUUUAGGGAACAUUUUUUGUCAAAAAAGUCUUCAAGCUCAGUUGCCAGAAGAGAGACAUAUUUUUAUAACAAACAUACUUUUUUUGUACAUUGCGUUCAUUCUUAAAUAAUGUAAGUUCAGUGUUGUCUUGUAGACAUUAAAAGGAGAGUAUUGACUUUUGAUUCAAUAAAUGUUUUCUUUCA